CCAGCUCUAAGUAAUAGUCAUUGAAGUUAAAGUCGCAAAAUUUACCAUCUUGGAUUUAUUAUUCGUCAUAGUCCCUAGCAAACGGAGGAAAUGUAUCAAGAAUAUCUGAACCAGCUGCAGGCGUCCAUUGCACCCAUGGGCUCAGAGGAGCUGAAGGAGCUGCUAAACAACGACGACAAGCUAGAUGAGAAGGUGGACGAGGUUCUUCAGUCCCUGCGGAACCAAAAGAACAGCGUCUUUGAAGACAAUCGGAGUCGAGCGGAGCGAAACAUAGGACGGGAACCACAGAUCAUAGAGCUGCGCGGUCGUCUGGCUGAACUCUCGGAAGAGGGACGCACCCGGUGCUCGUCUGUCCAGGAGAAGCUGUCUCAGAUCAACGAAAAGUCGGGCGGAGUGGGUCCGGAAACAGCACUAGCCUUGCUGCAGACCGCCGCCUCCGAGAGCGAGGAGCAGACCGAAGAGAUGUUCAAGAAGUUCAACGACAGCGACCUCGGGGUGGAGGCUUUCCUGGAGGAGUUUCUCGCCAGCCGACGGACCAUGCAUCUGCGCCGGCUCAAGGCCGAGAAGAUGCAGGAGCUCAUGCGCAAACAGCGCCAAGGUCCUCCGCCAGCCGCGUCUCUGCCAGCCUACGGAAAUAUCGCGUCCAGCGGCUUCUAUCCCUCGGCUGGAGGCUCCGCUCCGUAUCCCAUCAUGGGCCCAAUGAUGCCCAUGCCCCCGCCAUCCAGACCCUACUGAGAUCUCGGCCCUUUUCGUAGCGUAUUUACUGCCAUGGCGCAUCAACGAUCAGCAGAAUCCUCACUUUAAGUACAUAUUGCUUCAGUUUCAUCUUCCGAUUACAGUGGGUUAAUUGCAAAUCAGAGGGAACGUUCUGGCUGCUUUAAAAUUAACAUUUGAGGUGCUCUACAUCUCUGCCUGCACUAAACUAUAAUAUAUGUUUAUGUAUAAAUUAAGCGAAAAUUAACAUUAAUAUUAGACAGUGAAUAUUACUUGUUAAAAUAAACUUUUUGGAUAAAAAAUGAAA